AUUAGGUCUAUGGUCUAUGCGUUACGGUUACCUUCAACCUCGAAGGGAAGUUACUGGUAAAUAUUAAAAAAAAUUUAUAUUUUCACUUGAAAUAUAAUAUAGCAUUAGCCAUAUAACAGUAAUUAUGGAUGACGGAGAUCCUAAAGAAUAUCGGUGGGAAACCGGCUAUGAAAAAACAUGGGAAGCUAUAAAAGAAGAUGAUGAUGGGUUCUUAGAAGCUUCUGUUGCUGAUAUAAUUCAAAGGGCUAAACGAAAAAGACAAAAUGCUAAAGGAUACGGAACUAAACUAGGAAUGAUGAGACACUUUUAUAUUAUACUGGAUUGUUCGGAGGCAAUGUCUAGUCAAGAUUUGAAGCCUACCAGACUAAUUUGUACAUUGAAGCUUCUGGAAGGUUUCAUGGAAGAGUUUUUUGAUCAAAAUCCUAUAAGUCAAAUUGGGGUCAUUAUAAUGCAUAAUAAAAGAGCAGAAAAAAUCGUAGAUUUGGCAGGUAAUGCUAGGAAACAUAUAAAAACACUGAAAACAUUGACUAAAACAUCACUGGUGGGUGAACCCUCUCUUCAGAAUGGAUUAGAAAUGGCCUUCAAAUCAUUAAAAUUACUGCCCACUCAUGCAAGUCGAGAAAUAUUAGUUAUAAUGGGUAGUCUUACAACCUGUGAUCCUAGUGACAUCAAUACCACCAUCAGUGCUCUGCAAACAGAAGGUGUCAGGUGUUCUGUUAUAGGCUUAGCUGCAGAAGUUCAUAUAUGUAAACAAUUGGCCAGAGAUACUGGUGGCACCUACAAUGUUAUUCUUGAUGAUUGUCAUUUCAAGGAUUUACUCUACCAACAAAUUGAUCCUCCUCCUGCUGCCAGUGGUCUAGAAUCUAGUUUGAUUAAAAUGGGUUUCCCUCAUCAAAUGUCUGUUGAAGGAACUGAAGAACCAUUGACUAUGUGUAUGUGUCAUGUAGACAGCAUAGAUGAGGGUAGUAAAUUAACUACUGAAGGUUAUUACUGCCCACAAUGUUUUAGUAAAUACUGCGAACUGCCAGUGGAAUGCCGUUCUUGUGGUUUAACUUUAGUUUCUGCACCACAUCUAGCGAGAUCCUACCAUCACUUAUUUCCAGCUGCAAACUAUCAGGAAAUGGCAUAUGAUAAACAAUCAGAAUUUUGUUUUUCAUGUCAGAAGCCAUUCAAUGAAUCUGAUAAACAGAUAUACAAGUGUCCUAAUUGUCAAAAUUAUUAUUGCAUCGAUUGUGAUAUUUUUGUUCAUGAUACACUGCAUACAUGCCCUGGUUGUGCAACAAACCCUUCAACAUUCCAAAUAACACAAACAGGAUGAAUUCACUGCACAAUGGAGAAAAGGUGGCUGAUAAGAAUUGAGGAAUAAUUCUAAAAGAUGAUGAAUCUACUUUACCGUUUCCAUAUUUCCUACAGUGUAUUUGAAAUCAUAAAAUUGAGUACAGUAUAGAUGAAUUUUAAUGGAUUUAUUUGAAAAAAUGGAAUGGAAAAUAAAAGAAAAAACCAGUUAAUGUUAUUUUUACGUAAUGAAUAAAUAGAUUUAUUUUUAUUUGUGUAAAUGUGUGUUGAUAAAUUAAUUAUUUUUUGGACUUUGAAGCCUUGAUCCUGCUAUCUAAACUAAUGAUUGGUUAAAUUCAUUCAAAAUGUGGGUGAGGAUUCACAUUUUAGAAAGACGCACAUCAUUAAAGGAAAAAAUAUCUAGCUGGGAAGUAGCCUGUGAGCAGAUAAUUACAAUAUAUUGGUAAACUCAGAAAUGUUUUGAGUUAUUUAAGUAAAAAGGCCAAUUGUACUGUGGUAUUUACAUCUCAAUAUGGCUGUAAGGGAUUCGCAUAAUUAUAUGUGCGAAAUGGACCAAAUAUACGAAAUAUUCAUCCAUUUUUUUGGUUAGAAAAAUUAAUGCCAAGUGAAUAAAAACAUAAAUGAACUUCUAUUAUACGUCUAGUUAUACAUAUUAUAUACACUUGAAAAAAUCCUCAAAAUUCAAUAAACAUAAAAUAACACCGA